GUUGCCGCGGCCUCGCCCACCUCCAGCUCGGGCAGCUCCUCGCGGGGCACGGAGCGGCCUCGCUCGCUCAAGCGGGGCUCCAAGCCCUCGGCGUCCUCCGCGUCGCUGGAGAAGCGCAUGAAGAUGGUGUCCCAGGGCAUCACCCAGCGCUUCCGGCUGUCUCGGGACAAGAAGGUGGCCAAGUCGCUGGCCGUCAUCGUGAGCAUCUUCGGGCUCUGCUGGGCCCCGUACACGCUCCUGAUGAUCAUCCGGGCCGCCUGCCACGGCCGCUGCGUCCCUGACUACUGGUACGAGACGUCCUUCUGGCUGCUGUGGGCCAACUCGGCCGUCAACCCCGUCCUGUACCCGCUGUGCCACUACAGCUUUCGCCGCGCCUUCACCAAGCUGCUCUGCCCCCAGAAGCUCAAGAUCCAGCCGCACAGCUCACUGGAGCGCUGCUGGAAGUGAGCCAGCCCCCCGUGGGCCCCGGGAUGCCGGGCAGGGGGCCCUCCCGCCGCCCCCCCCCCAGGCUCUGGCCACGCCGGCGCCCAGCGAGCCACCCCCAGGUGUGAGCCACGCCUUGUCUCUAGCCCGCCCUAAAUGCCUCGGCAGAAUCUCUCAGACCCUCUGCCUGCGGUGGAGGCAGCUUGGCGGGCCGGCCAGAGGGGCCCUUGCUGCCCGACCCGGAACUUGGCGGCCCGCCCCACCUCG